AAGCAGUUAUAAAACCUCCUUUGUGGUCUCUCCACAUUCCCUGCUGCUAGGGCCUUUCUGUCUUUAAUGUCCUCCAGAGACGCUCCAGUGGAGGCUCAGGUUAGCUGGACUCUGUAUUUGAAAUGACGGCAGCACUGAUCCAGCUGUUCUGUAACUCUUCAAGUCUGUUCAUUGUUGGUGUGCUACACAUUGAGACGACCUAAGACAUAUACGCUCAAUGCUGUGUGCCUGGGUGGAUCUGGGGGCUGUGCGGCACAUGCUGGGGUCACCUGAUCCUGUCCAGGACUCCUAAAUACCAGGAUGUUCGAGUGCAGCUGGUUGCAGUGUGCAGUCUGUAAACCAGCCUGCCUUUCUGGCUACUCUUACCCACAAUCCUUUGCAUAGUGGAUUUUUGAACAAGUGGGUCAAGGUGCAAUGUUGUGAAGAAGGAGAACUGAAUGCCUGUUGCAUGAGAGAGCAGACACUUUUUAAAGGCGGCAGCGAGACAUACGACAAGAAAAAACCAAAAGACUUUGACUUCCUACAGCUGACAUCCACCCUGCACAUGCACCACACACUCCUCUCCUCUCUGAUCCCCUCUCCAGUGUUCAUCUGAGUUUCAGUUGAAUAAGUUGUGUUUGUUUCAGAGUAAGCUCUCACCAACUCUCUGCGGGUUGAGUCAGUUUGCAGCAGAGAGGAAGGAGCACAGGUGAGCACGGUGUUGUGUUUGUGUGCAGGUACGACUGUGAUGAAUCAGUGAGGACAACAACUAGACCUGGACCUGACACCACAACAGAUCCACUAAGAGUCUCCAGAGGAUGUCUGACCCUGCUGAAGUCAAAGAUGGAGCCCCCUCUGAUCAGAAGGUCUGCCAAGAGGGACCAGACUCUCCUGGACCUGGACCUGGACCUGGACCCAGCUGUGAUUCCAUUGAUAGGGACUGGUCUACUAAUCCAUUUAUUCAGAGACGUCAUUCUGAUGGUUCAAUACCCAGCUGUGUGUCCAUGAAGAGUGACUGGUCUAUGCCUCGACCUAUUGAGUUUAAAGAUGGACAGCAUUCUGAUGAUCCAUGGAUCCAACAUGAGGGACCAGACGCUCCUGGACCCAGCUGUGUGUCCCUGAAGAGUGACUGGUCUAUGCUUCAACCUGUUGUGUUUAAAGAUGGACAGCAUUCUGAUGAUCCAUGGAUCCAACAUGAGGGACCAGACCCUCCUGGACCCAGCUGUGUGUCCAUGAAAAGUGACUGGUCUAUGUCUCAACCUAUUGAGUUUAAAGAUGGACAGCAUGAUGAUGGUCCACGAGUUCUUCAGCAGAGACCAGAGGCUCCCAGUGGUCAGUCCUCCCAGCAGCAUCACACUGACCUGGACUCCAUAUUUAUGCUGCUGGAGGAGAACAUCUUCACUUUUGUGAAGAACGAGCUGAAGAACAUCCAGACAGUCCUGACUUCAGAUUACCCAGGAUGCUUAGAGAGUCAGAGGGAGGAUGAGGAGGUUUUGGACAGUGAGGAUGAAGAGCAGAGGAGGAGCAGCAGAGAGGCAUUUCUGAGGAUCACACUGCACCUCCUGAGGAGCAUGAAGCAGGAGGAGCUGGCUGAGCGUCUGCAGAGCAGAUCUAAUGCUGCAGUCUGUCAGCGUAAACUCAAGUCCUCCCUGAAGGAGAAGUUCCAGUGUGUGUUUGAGGGCAUUGCUAAAGCAGGAAACCCAACCCCUCUGAACCAGAUCUACACAGAGCUCUACAUCACAGAGGGGGGGGCUGCAGAGGUCAAUGAGGAACAUGAGGUUAGACAGAUUGAAACAGCAUCCAGGAAACCAGACAGACCAGAAACCCCCACCAGACAAGAAGAGCUCUUUAAAGCCUCACCUGGAAGAGAUGCACCAAUCAGAGCAGUGCUGACAAAGGGAGUGGCUGGCAUUGGGAAAACAGUCCUAACUCAGAAGUUCACUCUGGACUGGGCUGAAGGCAAAGCCCACCAGGACAUCCAGUUCACAUUCCCAUUCACCUUCAGAGAGCUGAAUGUGCUGGGAGAGAACCAGUACAGCUUGGUGGGACUUGUUCAUCACUUCUUCCCUGAAACCAGAGACGCAGGAAUCUGCAGCUUUGAUCAGUUCCCGGUUGUGUUCAUCUUUGACGGUCUGGAUGAGUGUCGACUUCCUCUGGACUUCCACAACACUGAGGUCCUGACUGAUGUCACAGAGUCCACCUCAGUGGAUGUGCUGCUGACAAACCUCAUCAGGGGGAAGCUGCUUCCCUCUGCUCGCCUCUGGAUAACCACACGACCUGCAGCAGCCAAUCAGAUCCCUCCUAAGUGUGUGGACUUGGUGACAGAGGUCCGAGGGUUCACUGACCCCCAGAAGGAGGAGUACUUCAGGAAGAGGUUCAGAGAUCAGGAGCCGGCCGGCACCAUCAUCUCCCACAUCAAGACCUCACGAAGCCUCCACAUCAUGUGCCACAUCCCAGUCUUCUGCUGGAUCUCUGCUACAGUUCUGGAUGAGGUGCUGAAGACCAGAGAGGGAGGAGAGCUGCCCGAGACCCUGACUGAGAUGUACAUCCACUUCCUGGUGGUUCAGUCCAAAGUGAAGAACAUCAAGUAUGAUGGAGGAGCUGAGACAGAUCCACACUGGAGUCCAGAGAGCAGGGAGAUGAUGGAGUCUCUGGGAAAACUGGCUUUUGAGCAGCUGCAGAAAGGCCACCUGAUCUUCUAUGAGUCCGACCUGACAGAGUGUGGCAUCGAUAUCAGAGCAGCCUCAGUGUACUCAGGAGUGUUCACACAGGUCUUUAGAGAGGAGAGAGGACUGUACCAGGACCAGGUGUUCUGCUUCGUCCAUCUGAGCGUUCAGGAGUUUCUGGCUGCUCUUCAUGUCCAUCUGACCUUCAUCAAGUCUGGAGUCAACCUGCUGUCAGAAGAACCAACAACCUCCAGGCUGUAUGAAGACAAACCUAAACUAACACAUCUCUACCAGAGAGCUGUGGACCAGGCCUUACAGAGUCCAAAUGGACACCUGGACUUGUUCCUCCGCUUCCUCCUGGGUCUUUCACUGCAGACCAAUCAGAAACUCCUUCAAGGCCUGCUGACAGAGACAGGAAGUAGUUCAGAGACCAAUCAGGAAACAGUCCAGUACAUCAAGAAGAAGAUGGAAGAGGAUCUGUGUCCAGAGAGGAGCAUCAACCUGUUCCACUGUCUGAAUGAACUGGAUGAUCGUUCUCUGGUGGAGCAGAUCCAACAGUCCCUGAGUUCAGGAAGUCUCUCCACGGAUGAUCUGUCUCCUGCUCAGUGGUCAGCUCUGGGCUUCAUCUUACUGUCAUCAGGAGAAGAUCUGGACGUGUUUGACCUGCAGAAAUACUCUGCUUCAGAGGAGGCUCUCCUGAGGCUGCUGCCAGUGGUCAAAGCCUCCAACAAAGCUCUGCUGAGUGGCUGUAACCUGUCAGAGAGAAGCUGUGCAGCUCUGUCCUCAGUCCUCAGCUCCCAGUCCUCUAGUCUGAGAGAGCUGGACCUGAGUAACAACGACCUGCAGGACUCAGGAGUGAAGCUGCUGUCUGCUGGACUGGAGAGUCCACACUGUAAUCUGGAGACCCUCAGGCUCUCAGGCUGUCUGGUCACAGAGGCAGGCUGUGGAGCUCUGUCCUCAGCCUUGGUAACCAACCUCCAUCUGAGAGAGCUGGACCUGAGCUACAAUCAUCCAGGACCCUCAGGACAGAGGCUGCUGUCUGCUGUAUUGGAGGAUCCCCUCUGGAGACUGGAGACCCUCAGGAUGGACCAUGGUGGAGAGCAGUGGUUGAAACCUGGCCUGAGGAAAUAUUCCUGUGAAAUCUCUCUGGACUCAAACACAGCUCACAGAGAACUCAGACUGUCUGACAACAACAGGAAGGUGAGACGUGUGUGGGAGGAGCAGCCCUAUCCUGAUCAUCCAGAGAGGUUUGACUCCUGUCCUCAGCUGAUGUGUAGAGAAGCUCUGACUGGUCGUUGUUACUGGGAGGUCGAGUGGAGAGGAAGGGUUUCUAUAUCAGUGACUUACAGAGGAAUCAGCAGGAGAGGAGACAGAGAGGACUGUAGGUUUGGAGGGAGUGAUCAGUCCUGGAGUCUGAGAGGCUCUGGUGGUCGUUACUCUGUCUGGCACAAUAACAGAGAAACACACACACCCUCCCCCUCCUCCUCCCCCUUCUCUCCCUCUCCCUCUGGUAGAGUAGCAGUGUAUGUGGAUCAUCCUGCUGGCUCUCUGUCCUUCUACAGAGUCUCCUCUGACACACUGAUCCACAUCCACACCUUCAGAACCACAUUCACCGAACCUCUCUAUGCUGGGUUUGGGUUCUGGCCUGGGUUAGGGUGCUGGCCUGGUUCCUCAGUGUCUCUGUGUUCUCUGUAGGAGGAGAUCACUUCCCCUCCUGGUCUAAAUGUUGUAGAUAGUGAAAGCUUCUCCUUGGUUAAACCUUGGCUCCAUGAUUGUGUUAACAUGGAGAAGCAGCAUUUAGUGAUUGUGCUCCAUCUGUCUGAAAUAAUGUCCCCUUCAUCAACCGUCUCAAACUUCUAGUUCCUGAAUGUUUCUAAAUGUAUUCCUGUGUGAUUUAUAAUGUGCUUCAUCUGCAAACUGAGUCAUUGCUUUAAUGUUUCUCUGAAGCUCUUGUAAUGUCCUUGUUUAAAUGUAGAUACACUUUAUUUGCUGGCAGAAAUGUUAGUUCUCUUCCUGUAAACGGGGAAUGAUCUCAGGGCUGAACUAGUUGGGUCCAAACCAAUGUGACCCAUCUGCAUCUCAGUAAAGCUGUGUUUGGAUCAGCAUUUAAAAGCUGCUAAUAAUCUAUGUACUUAUUGUGAUGAAGUUCAAUAAAGGUUUGAAGACAGAACAA